UCAAGGGUUGCCCAUGCCCAAUCUCCACCCUCCUGGAGUCACGUGUGUUUUUGUGUGCUUUGCUCCCUCCCUACUUUCACUUUGGCACGUGAACUCCUGCAGCGAACCUAGCAUUCAAAUAGGUCAUCCCUUCUUGCUCAUUCGCUUGAGCUGAAAAACCUCCCUACUCAAGUUUCAUGACCUUUCACAGGCAGAAAAGUGCUUCAGAGUUAGGACACAUUGAAGGCACACGGUAUAAAAAGUGAAGAUCCUCUGUUUUAUUAAUCCCUAAACUUUUUUUUAAAUGGACGACUCUGAGCAAAAUACCUAUCCCGACAACGGUCAUUAUCUUGCUGUGGCCCUGGAUGAGGCCCAGCUGGAGAUUAUUGGGCAGCGAGUAAACACAUCCAUGUCUUUCUUGGAGAGGGUCAAGAUGAUGAUUGCAUUCAGGUGUUCAGGCGCCAGGAUAAAGACCACACUGCUGGGCUUGUUUCCCAUCCUGUCGUGGCUGCCUCACUACUCCAUCAGAGAAAAUGCAGUGGGAGACCUGAUGUCAGGGCUUAGCGUGGGCGUCAUGCAUCUGCCACAGGGUAUGGCCAACGCCAUGUUGGUAGGUGUUCCUCCGGCGAUUGGCCUCUACACAUCGCUCUACCCGCUGAUCAUUUACUUCAUAUUCGGCACUUCCAAACAUCUCUCCUUAGGAACUUUUGGUGUCCUGGCCAUCAUGAUUGGAUCUGUCACUGCCAUUGUGGAGUUGCCUAACGAUGGUGCUGAUGUGGCGGCAGCUAAAGUCAACAUAGCUGUACAACUUACCUUGCUAUGUGGUCUCAUACAGCUCCUACUGUAUCUGCUGCGCUGUGGGUCUGUGUGCCGUUGGUUGUGCGAUCCUCUCAUCAGAGGCUAUACAACAGGUGCUGGCCUGCAUGUGGUUGCCCUGCAGCUUCCCCUCAUGACCGGAAUCAUUGCACAGAGACACACUGGACUGAUGGCUUCCGCAUGGACUUUACAUGACGUCCUGUGUGGGAUUACCUGUGUGGUACCUGGAACUCUGUCAGUCACUGUGGUUUCUAUGGUGAUACUCAUUGGUGGCAAAAUGCUGAAUAAACAUUUUAAAAGCAAGCUGCCUGUGGCCAUACCUUGGGAAGUCAUACUGAUUGUCCUGGGUACUGUGGUCUCGGUGCAGAUGGACCUGGCUGAACAACAUAGAGUCCAGGUGGUCGGAGACAUUCCUUCUGGCCUGUCACCCCCCAUCAUCCCCUCUCUCACCAUGGCCAGGGAACUGUUCAUUCCAGCUUUCUCUAUCGCUCUGGUGGGCUUCAGCUUCCUCUCAGCCAUGGGCUCUACGUUUGCCCUCAAACAUGGUUAUCACUUUGACUCCAGUCAGGACCUGCUGGCUCUGGGUUUGUGUAAUUCCAUAGGAGCCAUGUUCCAGUGUUUUGCUGUCAGUUGCUCCUUCUCACGCAGUCUGGUUCAGGAAAGCAUCGGCGUGAAAACACAGAUGUCUGGCUUGGUAUCAGCCCUGAUGAUUUUAACCAUUUUGCUAAAGAUUGGUCAUCUCUUCGAGCAGCUGCCAAAGGCAGUGUUAGCAGUCAUCAUUGUGGUGAACCUGCAGGGGUUGCUGGCUCAGUUUAAAGAUGUGCUUUUGUUAUGGAAGUCUGACCGAUUGGACCUGCUUGUGUGGUUGGCAUCACUUAUUUCAACCCUAGUCCUAAACCUGGAUUUGGGUCUGGCAGUGGCCAUCGCCUUCUCCCUGCUUGUGCUCAUCUACAGAACCCAACGCUCCCCCAUUGCUGUCUUAGGUCAAAUUCCUGGGACAGACUGUUACAGAGAUGUGCAACUCUACACUGAGGCAAAGAUGGUUCCCGGAGUUACCAUAAUCCUUUGUCCCAGUCCAAUUUAUUUUGCUAACUCUGAACUGGUCUUCACUGAGAUCACACAGAUCAUGAGUCAUGCUCAGACGGAGAACCCAGUAAGAGUCGAAACCUCCUUGUCGUCCUCCACUGAUGUCCCGACACAUAGCCACUCCUUGAUUCUGGAUUUUAGCUCAGUCAGCUUCAUUGACACUGUGGCCAUGACAUCACUUUGCAAGCUCGUGGAGAACUUUGAAGCCUGGAGUAUCCGUGUGUUUCUGGCCUCAUGCCCAGAGAGUCUUUUAUCCCAGCUUCGGUAUCACGGCUGCAUUCCCAACAGCCUGCCAAGCUCCUGCAUCUUUCCAUCAGUCCAUCACGCCGUCCAUCGUUGCAUCAGCCCUGCCUGUGCUUCUUGAGGUAUUUGUGUACAAGCAAUUAAAAAGUCAUGUUCCCUUUAAGUACCACACCCUUAAUGUCAAUGAUUGUCUUCAUGCAAACUACCCUAGAACAUCUUAUCAGAAAGUGAUAUUUUUCUAUAACUGAGGAUAGCUGAGCAAAACAGUUGUUAGAUUUGCAUAGCAAUUAUUUGUUAUGCAUAGGUUUUAAUUUUAUUCAUUCAUCUCUUCCCAGGAAAUUACCUCUGAUGCAAGAUAAAUUAGAAUGUACAACUUGGACUGCUUCCUCUGUAUGUAUGUGUUAUACCGCUCAAAACUCUGGCACCAUUCAAAGUGGAAGUCUAAAUGUUGUAGUCCAAUUUAUUCAAACAAUUUUGCAGUUAAAACUAUUAUUAAAUAUGUGUGGUUACAUUUCGGGAAAUAUUAGUGCUUUUUGAAUGAGGAACUUUGAUAGUGGUCAGUUUUCUGACUAUUUUCUGAAAAUAAAACAUUUCUUGUGAAAAAAAUACUAAUUUUAAGAACGUUUUGCAGUCGUACAGUUUUGCAGUGUAUAUGAAUUCAUACAUAGGAAUCAUAUACAGUACGUCCCACAGCAUCUUGAGGUGCCCUGAAAAAGAAUUGGCACUUCAUUUCACUAACAUCAUUAGUAAUUGAAUGCAGCCGUAAUCUGUGAUUGCACUAUAACAUUCAUUAAACAUCUACUACUUAGCACGCUUGCAUUUGUCAAUGUAUGUAAUUGUAUACAAUUAUAAUUAUAUAUUAUAGGAAUAUGUAAUUAUUAUUGGGGUAUUUUUUUUUUUACAAGGGCAAACAAACAACAACAAAUCAAACCAAUCAAGUAGUGUUGUGACUGUUAGGGCCCUUGAUGGUGUCAGUGGCUAUGAUCUUUAUUUUGUCACAGAGUGUUGGGUGUGGCCUGGUCAUUUGCUGGCAAGUGGGCCAGUCAGCUUGUCCAUGUUGUUCACUCUUCCUUUAUUUUUCUAUUAUGGUUCAUGAUGAUUAUGGACUUCCUGGUGACACGACUUCAUCUUUGUGAAGAGUGGACAUCAGUAUCACAUUCUGUGAAUUUUGUUUUCGUUUUGUUGUGUUUUCUGGACAGUAUUCAACAGUGGUGUUGUCUGUAAAAAAUAAACUUUGACGAAGGUGGAACACUCGCCUUCAACUGCCA